ACAUAUUUAGACUUUUAAAAUAUGGAGAUCUUCUUCAUCUUAUUCUUCUUCUUUGCCUUCUUCAACGGAGAAUCCGUAGCUGCAGACAAGUUUUGGAGCAGAAUAGAGAUGGCUGAGAUGAAUGGCUAUGGAGAACACAAACUCUCCUCUGUGGUUAUCACCGGUUCUCUUCUAUGCAACUCCCCUGUUCCAGGGGCCACUGUUGCCGUCAAGUGCCACACUGGUUUUAAAAAGAGAUCGAACUGGAUUAAAGCUGUGACUGAUGACUUUGGAGAGUUUAUCAUCCAUCUUCCUUCCCAUCUUCACGCAAUUCCUCACCUCGAAAAGGCAUGUUUCGUCAAACCAGUACAUGUGCCCAAGCACUAUCGUAGAUGCUACAAAGCUUUCUCCAAAUCUAAUAUACACAAAGGCAUCAAACUUGUCUCGUCCAGUAACGGCUUUCGCGUCUACACAUCAGGAACGAUCAGGUUGCAUGGACACAGUUCAAGAGCAUCACAAGCUCGUAAAGCCGACAUGUAAAACACACAUGAAACAAGCAUGCGGUACUUUUUAUGGUCCCCACUUGGUUAGUUGGCGCUUAAGUCACAUAACUUAAGUUCGAGUCUCUACAUUGUUCAUCAAUUUCACAGUGUACAAACAUAAACCUACCUUUCAGUACUUUUUGCUUUAACCUAGAUCUUCAAUACUUUUGCCACAACAUACAUCAAA